AUGUUCAGAUUAACGUAUGUCUGCCUUUGUUUACUCGCUCUGAGUGAUGGAAUAGAAAGUUUCGGCAGUCCUUGGAUGCUGCCCACUUUUAGACAAAACUUAAGAUUAACAAAAAAGGAAUACAAUCAGAGGGAAGGUCGUCAGCGUUUUCUCCUGGACUUACUGCUACAAGUACACAAACCUUUGCUUCAUGAGGAACUCAUUGCAAUGGGAAAUGAACUCAACGAGGAUCCAAAAGAUUAUAAAGAAGGCACCUGGAGAUAUAUGAAGGACUUUCAUCAGCGUAUUCAACAAAAUCAAGUGCCACGCCCUUUUGUCAUACUAAAUCAGCUGGAUGAUGAAAUGCCACAGAACCUGUUGGGGAUCUAUCGUUUUUUGACCAUGGCCAAGGAUUGGUAUUCCUUCCAGCGAAACGCCUGCUAUGCCAGGAUGCACUUUCAUCCCCUGCUCUUUGUAAACGCCCUGCAGAUGGCAGUGGGUGACAGAGAGGACACCAAAGAUUUGCGAGUGCCAGCCAUGUAUGAGGUCCUACCACAGCUCUAUUUCGAGAAGGAGGUGAUCCUGGCGGCCCAGGAAAUUGCCUGGCAUCAAUUGACUCCCAUCAGGAUAGUCACGCCGAAACGAAGAUGGAAGGAUAUCCUUUUGGGACAUUUCAAUCCCAGUCAACCUUGGACCCCAGAGGAACCCUUGCCUACGGAACCCCUGAUCAUUGAUAACGAAAGACAGUUGGCACACCUAAGUCUGGACUUGGAACUUAACUUACACUGGAGCAAUCUGAUAAAUCGCCUGGUUAUAGCAAUAGAAGAAGGAAAGGAGCGGAUAAACGAACCCAUUAUCAUAGAUGGCGAUCGCUUGGUGGCUUUUCGAGGAUCCUUCGACGAAGACAACUAUAUAAAUAAUGUGGCAAUGAGACCAUAUGACUCGCAAUAUUAUCUACACAACCUUCAACAAUUUGUGGGUGCCUUGACUAUGGAAGAUUUGGCAACAGGAGAGAAAUCCAUGGAUCUGAUAGAUCCGCCCCUGAUGACAACUGGUGGGGUUCCAUAUAAAGGUACCUCCCUAAAUGCCAAAGCUGUUAAACGCAUCUUAGACUUGACAUUGGAAGACCUAAGAAACGAAAUUGACCUGGCAGUGAAACAUAAUAACCAUACUUCGGAUAAUUUAUCUAUAGCGGGUCAAAUGGUAGCUACUAACUACCUUCAUAUUUGUCGCCAAUUAAGCCUGGCUGUGAAUGGACAAGGCUUAAAUCAACCCAACAUGUUGGGCUUAGCGACGGCUAACCUUAGAGAUCCCAUCUAUCGAUCGCUGCUAUUUCGCUUAAAUGAAAUGUUAAAGAGUUAUGAACAUCAGGAUUUAUCUAAAGUUGAAGAGGGAAUGGUGUCCCCAAAAAUUCUUAAUACUAAUGUGAGUCGCCUUGUGACUUAUGAGGAGAAAGUUGACAUAGAUCUCAUAAAUUUAAUUGACCAGCAACUGCUGCAGUCGCAUCGAAAUAAUUUACAAUUUCUGCGUCGUCAUUUGGUGGCCAGACAACGUCGUCUUAAUCAUGAUCCAUUUAGUAUUAGUCUGGAUAUAAUGGCUCCAGUUGAUAUGACUUUUCAAACAAGGAUGUAUUUUACUCUACCAAAUCAAUUGGGAACGCGUUUACACCUGGACAGCUUUAAAUGUUCUCUAAAAAAGGGUAAAAAUCAAAUAGAACGCCUCUUUCCAUCAGCCAAUACUGGACCCACUCUAAGCGAACUCUAUGAAGCCGAUUUCCCAUUAGCAGAUGUAACAAGUUCCAACCGGUUUCCCCCACAUCUUUUAUUGCCAAGGGGGACCAGAGAUGGCCUCAAACUUCAAUUACUUGUGGAACUCACUGCUUGGACUGGAUCGGAGCUGGAGUUUGAUGGGGUGUCUGUCCCUGUCCUGGCCGAAACUCUGAAGGAUGUGAUAAUCUUUCAUCACCAGGCCUGAAACUAUUAUGCGAUUAUAUAUGCUAAGUGCCUAAACUUCUUAAUUGCUCAUAGGAACGCACGAUUAUGAAGGAGAGGGUUUCAUAUCAAUAUAGUUUUCCAAGCACGCACGAAUUCCUGAUUAUAUAUGGUAAUACGAAUAAAAUGAUAACUAAGCGUAGAAAAGCACAUAUAUAUUAAUACACAAAUAUUCCUUCAAAUUUUAUAAAAAUAUAUUCUAUAUUAAUA